AUGUUCCGUUCGUUCACAAAAUGGCCCAGGCUGCAGCGCUGUGGUCAGCGUGCAUCGAAAUUGUCCACAGCAACCAGUACAACGAAUUUACCGACUUCCGAGGCAAAGUCUCCAAAAACAGUGGACGAAAUUGGGAUACCAUAUGCUGUUAAGGUUGAUUUACUCCGUGCACUUGCGGGCACCAUAGACGUCGAUCCGACAGCACCACAUUUCGCGUUCAUUGAUGAUCCACUGACAAUUCCAACCGAUUCUCAGCGUGAUCUCUAUUACGUCUCAAAGGAGAUGGGACGACGUGCGGCGCAGCAGCUUGCGGAAGAGUGGCCAACACUGUUCAUGUACGACACGGACAUACCUCGUAUCCAGGCAUAUCGUCCGCAGAAGCCACCUGACCCGGCAGAGCUCGCGCUAACAGUGGAAAAUUUGCAGAAAUUAAUAGCAAUGAAGAAAGUUGCAGAAGCGACAGAGCUCGCGCUAACAGUGGAAAAUUUGCAGAAAUUAAUAGCAAUGAAGAAAGUCGCAGAAGCGAGUCAGUUGUACGAUAAAAUGGCCACUGAAAAUAUCGCUAUACCAAAGGAAAUAUUGGUUGAUUUGUUUCGCCUGCUUGUCUACUAUAACGGUAAGCCAAUUCCGGCCGCUGAAAUGCCAUGGCACGGUUGGCGAAAUUACGGUAGCCAGGCCGAGCAACAGGAAUCACAAGUCUGGGACAGCGUACGUCCCUCAGUAUUUUCGACAAUGUUAAAGUAUUACGAUUUUAACAGCGUUUUAAUUUGA